GCUUCCGUUCCUUCCUUCUCAGUAUCUGUCAACGGUGGUGAUCCUUUUGACCGUUUGUCUGACGUACCAACUGAUCUCCAUACACCAAUCAACGUCUGACGUUCAACCUGUCACUGACUCUGGGAAACAAUUCAAAGAAUGCACACAAGAUAAUGGUUCAGAUUGCCUUACCAUUUGACCUCCUCAAUGCAGCCCACCCGUGGACGCUCACUCUGCUUACUGUCGCGAUCUGCACCGUCUUGCUCGCCCGAAGACUUUGGUUUGUUCGUGGUAAACUCCACGUUCGUGACAUCCCAGGACCAGUUGAUAACGUUUCGUGGUUAUACGGAAAUCUUCCAGAGCUUCUCUUGUCCCGCCCUUAUGGCAAGUUCGAGUUCCAGUGGCAAGAGCAGUAUGGAUCGAUAUAUCGUUUCAAGGGAUGUUUCUCUGAGGAUCUCCUUUUUAUCUCCGACCCAGCAGCUAUCCGAUAUAUCUUCAACUCUGCUAAAUUAUUUGAUUUUUCUCCCAAUCGAAGUUUUAUAGCGUUCUUAAUCUUUGAAAAGGAAUGUAUCCCGGCACUGCGAAAUGGAGGAGAAGUCCACCGUCGUAUCAAGAAUGCCUUCUCAGCUGCCUUUACGCCUGCGCGCCUUCAGCCGUAUGUCCCGGUCAUGAGGGAUAUUAGUCGCAAGGCCGCAGAUAAACUGAUGCAGAAAUACUUGGAGAGGGAGCCUAACGAUCCAAAUGCUGCUGUCGACAUUUAUCAUCUCCUUCAACAUGUGACGUCAGACAUCAUUGGCGAGGUGGGUUUUGGCCAGCAGUUUAACGCGGUGGAGACCAACGGAGGAGAUAAAGUUGUUCAAAGUCACCAGAAUGUGAUUAUGUUAGGCUCGAGGCCUUCAAAGAGUGCAAUUUUGGGGGAGACCAUUAUACCCUAUGUUCCUCGUAUCAUAUUGAGGUUGAUGCUCCGCCUACCCACUCGGACGGUUAGAACACUUCAAAGUUUCCGUGCAGUCAGUGAGGCAUGGGCUUCGGCACUACUCAGGGACAGCCUCCAUCUGAGUGAGGAUAGCACAGAUGGUGGGUUGGUUGGUUUUGUCGUGUCCUCGAACAAGAACCUCAAACACGAACGCCUGUCUUUCAGCGAGAUCAGUCGACAAACUUCGAUGUUUUUAGUCGCUGGACAGGAGACGACUGCAAACGCGCUUACCUGGGCGUUAUACGCAUUGGCAAAGCAACCAAUAUGGCAAGAUCAGGUAAGGAAGGAAAUCAUCGAAGCAGAAAAUUCGGAAUCCAGUUUGGACAAGCUUAAUUACCUCAAUGCGCAUAUCAAGGAAACUCUACGGUUUUAUCCGACUGGGCCACUUACCGAACGAAUGGCUUUUGAAGAUACGAUCCUUCCAUUAUCUCGCCCAGUAACCACGAUUUCUGGUCGGGUUAUUACUGAGUUGCCAAUCCGGAAAGGCCAGAUGAUUCAUGUCGGAAUCGCUUCCUAUAACCGAGAUCCUCACGUCUGGGGUCCCGAUGCCCAUACUUUCAAUCCAUCACGCUGGGUCGAUGAUCGUUAUGAUUCAGGAGAUCUUCCUGAGUCGAUAGGACCGUACUCCAACCUAGCCACGUUUGUCGGAGGGGCUCGGAUGUGCCUUGGAUGGCGACUUGCUUUACUAGAAAUGCAGGUCGUCCUUUCGGAACUUAUUCCAAAAUUCCGGUUCAGCUUCGGUCCUGGGCAAGAGGAUAGUGUAAUGCCAUCUUUUGCUCUGACCCUCUUGCCGAUUGACGUAGGGAGCGAAAAACCCAGUCUUAAACUCCUCAUACAACCGACACAGCCUUAUGGAGGUUAGAAGCACAUCUGGGAAAAUUUAAUUGAACAUGACCGUAGUAAACGCAAUGUUGGCACACGGGCUUCAUGCAGACCAACGCACAUCGGAGAUCGGUUUGGACUGGUUUAGCAACCGAAUGAUCAGAAUCAUGACUUUGUUAUUC